UUGGUUCGGGGCGGCGGUCGCUGGCCAUGGGGCUCGGGGCGGCAGCCGGGGCCCUGCUGGUGGCACUGGGGGUGCUGGGAGCCCCCCCGGGUGCGGGCGCGGAGCUCUCGGCUCUGGAGGUGCUGCUGGGGGUGCUGGGGGGCACCGCUGAGCUGUGUGCUGCACUCACAGGGGUGUUCCUGGAGAUGUUAAAGUUCGAGUGUUACUUCAUUAACGGCACGGAGAAGGUGAGGUACGUGGAGAGGUACAUCUACAACCGGGUGCAGGAUGUGAUGUUUGACAGCGACGUGGGGCACUUCGUGGGGUUCACCCCCUUUGGGGAGAGGAAUGCCAAGCACUGGAACAGCAACCCGGCCAAAAUGGAGGACAUCCGCGCUGCGGUGGACACGUACUGCCGGCACAACUACGAGGUGUCCCGCCCGUUCAUCACGGAGCGCCGAGUGCCCCCCAGCGUGUCCAUCUCGCUGGUGCCCGCCUCGAGCUCCCAGCCCGGCCCCGGCCGCCUGCUCUGCUCCGUGAUGGAUUUCUACCCCGCUGCCAUCCAGGUGAGGUGGUUCCAGGGCCAGCAGGAGCUGUCGGAGCACGUGGUGGCCACCGACGUGGUGGCCAACGGGGACUGGACCUACCAGCUGCUGGUGCUGCUGGAAACGCCGCCCCGGCGCGGGCUGAGCUACAGCUGCCAGGUGGAGCACGUCAGCCUGGAGCAGCCGCUGAGGCGGCACUGGGGUACGGAGAUGCCGCCGGACGCCGGCCGCAGCAAGAUGCUGACGGGCAUCGGGGGCUUGGUCUUGGGCUCGGUCUUCCUGGCGCUGGGGCUCGGCUUCUACGUGCGCAAGAAGGUGAGGGCGGGUGCCGGGGGCGGCGUGGCCGCCGUGGCGGAGCCCCGAGGAGGAGGAGGAGGACGGGACGGGGGAAGGGCCGGAGAGAGGAGGAGGAGCCGGGAUUCGGAGGAACCGGAAAAUAGAGAAGAGGAGGAGAAGGAGGACGAGCAGCACCACCAGAACCCCGCGGCUUCCACGCCCACGGCAGAGCCGCAGCCCCCCCCGGCCCCGUCAGCAUCGCCCCCUCCCCACAUCCCGCAUUGCCGGGCAGAGCCCGUGGCCGAUCGCCCCCCGGAAGAGGGAUGGAUGAGGACGAGGGAGGGGUCCCUGCCCGCGGAUGCCGCCGUGCCCCGGUGCGGGAACAGCUCCGUGCGCGGCUCCUGCUCCAUCCGCCGAGGGAGGAUCGGCGCUCGAUAA